AAAUUUUUUAUGCAGACGGAGAGACGGGAAUAGAGUCGGUAGCCUUAAUGGUGAGCAUGGGAUUGGGAUCAGUGGUGGAGAAGGAGAGAAGCAGGAAACGACCUCGUCUCGCCUGGGAUGUGGCUCCAUCUCAGCAACGAGAGGCUGAUCGGCUGCCCACCGCGGUGAAUCAUGAAAGCUUGAGACGCCAAUCGCCGCCGAGGAGGGAUGACGAUCGUGAAGGCCAUUACGUCUUCGGUCUUGGUGAAAAUCUUACUCCAAGAUAUAAAAUACUCAGCAAGAUGGGUGAAGGCACUUUUGGCCGGGUUUUGGAAUGUUGGGAUCGUGAUACACGGGAAUAUGUUGCAAUCAAGGUAGUUCGAAGCAUAAGCAAGUACCGUGAUGCAGCAAUGGUUGAAAUUGGUGUGCUUCAACAACUUGUUAAGAAUGAUAAAUGCAGAUUGCGCUGUGUGCAGAUUCAGCACUGGUUUGAUUACCGGAAUCACAUAUGCAUAGUGUUUGAGAAGCUUGGACCAAGUUUAUUUGAUUUUCUAAAGAGAAAUAAAUACUGCCCAUUUCCUGUGGAUCUUGUUCGGGAAUUUGGACGUCAGCUUUUGGAAUCUGUAGCAUAUGUGCAUGAUUUAUGCUUAAUCCAUACUGACCUGAAGCCAGAAAAUAUACUUCUUGUAUCAUCUGAGUGUAUAAAGCUUCCUAGCUCCAAGAGGUUUUCUUCCGAUGAAACUCACUUCAGGUGCUUGCCAAAGUCGAGUGCAAUUAAGCUGAUUGAUUUUGGUAGUACUGCAUAUGAUAAUCAGAACCAUAGCUCCAUUGUUUCCACAAGGCAUUACCGAGCACCCGAGGUUAUUCUAGGUUUGGGAUGGAGUUAUCCAUGUGAUUUAUGGAGUGUUGGUUGCAUACUAGUGGAACUUUGUGUGGGUGAAGCAUUAUUUCAGACACAUGAGAACUUGGAGCAUUUGGCCAUGAUGGAGAGGGUGUUGGGACCUCUGCCAGAGCAUAUGAUUCGGAGGGCAAGCCGAAGUGUUGAAAAGUAUUUCAGGGGAGGAUCACGGUUGAAUUGGCCUGAAGGAGCAGUUUCUAGGGAAAGUAUCAGAGCAGUAAAGAAGCUUGACCGUCUGAAGGAUAUGGUAUUACAGCAUGUGGGGAGCUCAAGAUCAUCUCUUACUGACUUGCUUUAUGGUUUAUUGAAGUUUGAUCCAGCGCAGCGGCUUACAGCCCGACAAGCACUGAACCAUCCCUUCUUUAAGAAUCCGACCUGAGAAUUGAGAAGCACCACCAUGUAUCCGGAAUAUGGAAAUAUAAUAUAAAAUAGCAGGGGCUCAGUCUCAGACAAGAAGUCUGAGGUUUUGUGGUUUCCCAUCCUGUACAAAUAUUUAACUUAAUGCAAAAUCUUUAUCCUUGGCCAAGA